AUGUCAAAAAAUCGAUCUAUUCCGGUUACUCUUUUAGAAAUAGGAUCUUUAAUAGAAGAAUUGCAUUAUGGACCAUAUGCUAGAUAUUGGUGGCAGCCUUCUAUUAAUAACAAUAAUGUUUUUUUUCCUAUCCAAACCAAUCCCACUAUUGCAAUUUCUACCAUAUAUCAACAAAUAUUCAAUACAAAGACCAGGUAUCCAGGGCCACUUGUCAUUGGGUGGAAUGAUGAAUCAAUUAUAGAGGAACUUUCAAAGAUUGAUUCUUUUUCUCCUAUUUCUACUUCUCUUGGUGAACUAAAAAUUUUUGUUUCUUCAAUUGGAAGUUCCACUAAAAAGCAUAUGAAAAAUGCUGGUCCUGGAUAUCAAUCAUCACUCCUUUUUCGUUAUAAUCAAAAAGUAACCUUAUUUGUUUCAAAGAUUGAAGAAAAUGUUUGUAUUAUUGAGAUUUAUCAAGAUUUUGUAUUAAUAAAUACUUUUGAAGGUGCAUCUCCAGUAGAAGUUUGGGAAAAAACAGGUCAAAUUCAAAAAUAUAAUGGAAAUCAACUUUUUGGAUUAGAUGAUCCUUCUGAUCUAAUGAUAAUUGAUUGUGAUGAAGACAUGGAAUUAGAUGCUUCUGAAAG